CAAAAUACAUCAACGAAUUCAAACCGGCAGAGCUUCAUCAUGCCGCUUACAACUAGCCAGAAGAAGAGAAAGGUUCUCGAGGGCUUUCAGGGUAAAACAAGCCGCCCAAACAAGAAGUUCAGAAAGCAGCGCGAUUACCACAGCAGCUCCGAUGAGGCCGACGAUGAGCCCACCGACUUUAAAGCAGUCGAUCUUGCAGAUUCCGACGAGGAGAUAGAGAAAAAGGCCUCAAAAAAUGUGAAGACGAGAGAAUCGCGAAAACCAGAACCUCAACAAAAUCCUCAAAGCGACAAUGACGGAGAAGAAGAAGAUUCCGCAACCAAUGCUUCCUCCGAUGCGGACGACGAUGAAGACGACGGUGCAGAGUCUGACGAUUCCAUGCCUGUUGACACAGCAGGAAAACGAGCAAUCCCCAAGCGCCACGAUCCAUCUGCCUUUUCUACCUCUAUCUCGAAAAUUCUUGCCACGAAACUACCAACAUCUGCUCGCGCAGAUCCCGUACUAUCGCGCAGUCAAACUGCCACACAGACCACCAGUCAAGCGGCGGAAGACAAACUAGACCACCAGGCGCGGGCGAAGCUGCGAGCUGAGAAGAAGGAAGAGCUAGACAGGGGCCGUGUUCGUGAUGUUCGGGGUAUUUCGAGUGGCCAAGCCGGUGUGGUGGCUGAGGAGGAGAAGCGGCUGCGCAAGGUCGCUCAGCGCG